CCUCGCUUUUCCCAUAACAAAGAUGGCACCUGCGCUUCCGGGUUCCGGGCUCUUGCUGCUUCUGGAAGGUCUGUAAGAAUCUGCAGAGUCAUAGAAGAUUGGCUGCCUCCUGGACUAUGGCAUCCCAGGAAGCCACUCCAAGCAGCCAGUCAGAGGAGAGCUAUGCUUUGGACCUGCCAUCAGCAUGUGACAUAAGAGAUUAUGCCCUACAGAGACCCAGCCAAAAGGCCAACAGUGAGGCUUUUAGUUCUGUGGAAUCCCUUUCUUUUCCUUGCUCUUCUGAUGUGGAUCCAGACAGCAAUAACCUGAACAUUGAACAGAAUGACUCCUGGGCUUCUGAGAACUUCUGGCUUGACCCUUCUGUGAGAAGCCAAUCAGGGACCAAAGACGAAGACGAUGGACUUCGCAACUCCCUGGACAGAUUCUACGAAACGUUUGGCCAUCUGCAGCCAGCCUCUGCAUCUGGCAGAGGGAAUCCACUCUCUGCAUCUGUCUGCCAGUGCCUGUCUCAGAAAAUCUCUCAACUGAGAGGCCAGGAGAGCCAAGUGUACGCUCUCCGCAGUUUUCAGAUGGCCCGAGUCAUCUUCAACCGGGACGGCUGCUCGGUCUUACGGAAGCACUCCAGGGACACCCGCUUCUACCCACUGGAGGAAGGAUGUUUGUCUCUGGAUGAUGAGGAGCCAAUUCCAGGACUUUCAAAAGAUAUUAUUAAUUUCCUCUUGCAGCAGAAUGUGAUGAAAGACCCAUAGCUGGCACCUGGUGGUGCGGGCAGGCAGUAUUGCAGGUGUAGCGCGUGGCAGCCGCUGCUGGUGGGCCACCAGAUUCCCCGGGGACUCUUGCCAGCUCCAUGUGCCCAAUCCCAGCUCAGUGUUUUGUGGUUAAAGGCUGGUACCUGUGAUCUGGUGUUGGAGCCAGUCCACCCAUACGGAGAGCCAGCAGGCUCUGAGACUUAGGUGUCCCUGUGGCCAUCCCACGGCCAACUCCCCUGGGCCCUGGCCACUGACUGACUGGGUUAGGAGUCAAACACCCAGCUUGCUUGCCUCAAAGAAAGACAUACCCUGAAGUGCAAUUUAUGCUCCCUCCCCUCCCCAUCAGGCUGAGGCUGGGACUUUACAUGAAGGCACACCUUGCUGGGCCUCAUUCCUUUCUCCAUCCUCCUCCCAUCCAUUCACUGGUGUGUCCAGGAGCCUUUCUUUAAUAAACCUCUUCUAUCUGAA